AUGAAACACAGCAAUGCGACAAACCAAGUGGGCAACAAAGAACCGAAUAACGACAACCCGUAUGAGCCCCCCUACAAUCACAAGGACAUCUCUUCCGCAGCUGAAGAGCUACAUGAGAGAAAUAGCACUACAAAUGAAAAUGUGCUAGAUGGCAACUUCGGUGAGUACCCCCCCCAUUACGAUGGUGGCCCAAAUGAUGACACCAGCAAGUUGAACUCUCCCCAUAGGCAUCCCCAGGGGAGCAACGACCAGAAUAUCGGAAUCAACGCGAACAGUGAAAAUAUCAGUAACGCCGCAGCGGAAGGGAGGAAUCGAUCUGACAGUCUAAACAGUACAGGCACCCCAACUGGCGCUGCGAUCAAUCAAAUGAACAAUUCCAUGUACACCCCCAACAUGCCCUACAUGCAAAAUAACAAAAUGAUGAUGAAUGGUGGGAAAAAUAUGCACGGGAAAUUCCCAAUGAAUAUGAACCCACCCAUGAGCGCCUUCCAAAACAGUCAUGAUAUUAUGACGAAUCCGUUACGCAUGCCUAUGUUUCCAGGGCAACCAAACCCUAUGCUAUUUAAUAACCCCAUGCACUACAUGAACAGUAAAGCCUAUUUGAAGCACCUGAAAUAUAAUAAAGUCAUUACAGCCGACCCGAGCAUACCUCCCAAUGAAACCUUGUACGUAAAAAACUUAAACGAUAGAAUUAAAAUAGACGAAAUGAAAAAAAGUUUAAAAGAUUUAUUUAAGCAGUAUGGUGUAAUCGAAGACCUGGUAGUAAUGAAGUCAUUCUGGAGAAAAGGGCAAGCAUGGGUUGUGUAUGAUACAGUUGAAAGCUCAACCAAAGCGCUAAAUGCACUACAAGGAUUUGUACUUUUCGGAAAAAUCAUGCAAAUAAACUAUUCGCAUAACAAAAGUGAUGUACAUUCAAAGAGAGAUGGUACCUUUGUAGAAAGGUCCAAGGAACCGAAGAAACCAAAACAGAUCCUGGAGAGAGAACGGAAGCAGAAAGAAAUCUUCGAAAUGAUGCAGAGAAAUUUUAUAGAAAUGCAAAUGAAUAAUUUCCGAAUUAUGCAAAAUAACGAAUUAGAAAAAAGAAAAAAAAUUGACUUAAGUCAAAUGGAUACACAAGAUUUAAUUGCUAAGGCUCAGGCAAAGGCAUACGAGGAAAAGAACAAAAAAAAAAAUGAAGACUUCACAAAAAAUAACAACACUAUGUACCAGCAACCUUCUCCUUACUACCCAAUGAAUGCAUUUGCCCCCAUGCAAAAUAACAUCGUUGUGGCGUGCAAAAUUCUGUUUGUCGAAAAUGUCGUGGAGAAUGUGAACACAGAAGAAUUUAAUGAUUUGUUUAAAAAGUUUUCCGGCUUCAUUGAGGCCAGAAUUAUUCCCCAGAGGAAUGUCGCCUUCGUGGAUUACUCCGAUGAGGCCGCAGCAACGAAUGCGAUGAAAGCUUUACAAAAUUAUGAGCUCCAGGGAUCGAAGCUAAAAAUAUCCUACGCCAAGAGAUAA